UUUUCUUCCUUUUUUUGUGAACUAUGUGACAAAGAGGAUGGACCUGUGAGUGACGUGUUUGUGAGAGAUGUUUUGAGCUUUGAAGAAAGUAGUGAGUUUCUGAGACACAAAGCCUUUAAAGAUUUUGAUGAAACCAG